GCAGCGCCCGUGGCAGUUAGAAUCGGGGGCGUGCCUAGCGCAUGUUGCAAGUGUUAGCGCAGCUGCGAAUACACGGCAUCGGGGCACACUUUGCCACAGUCGUCGCCCAACCCGAGCUGAGUGCAGCUAUCUUGGAUUCUACACCACAUUGAAUUCUUCAAUUCGGAACGCUGUGGCGUCGUCCUCAUUUGGUGCGCGAUGGAGCGCUUCGGAGAGGUAAUGUCGCAGCCUCCGCCCGUUAACCUUGUCACUCUGGACAAUCUAUACUGCGCCGAUGAGACGGAAGAGCCAAAUGAGUUGGAGGAUUCCAAUACAUUCCUGAGGAACCGAACGCUGGGCGAUGCUCUGCCCCGGGCAGCCAGUGCAGAGAGCCACAGGAAUCCACCUAACCCGGCUAAGGUAAAACGCAAUCCUUCCGUGGACGCAGUGAGUCCAUCCAGGAAGAAGACUGUCGCUAUAACAGAUGACGCACGCCGGAGAAAGUCGCUAUUAAUGGUUGCUCCCAAGAUGGAAGAAGACGAAACUACGCCUGGAACCUCUGGUGGCACUUCGACAGGCGUUAUCAGAUUCCCGCACAGCUGUCGAGAGUGUUUCAACGAUUGCCUCAACAAGCUGCUCGGCAUCUGCACAAGCCACAAAAAGCUGACAUUUGCCCAAGCGCUACCGCGUUCGUACCAUGGUCCCGUGUACAAAGUAACCGAAACUUCCGAAUCUGAAAUGUUCGAGCUGUCAAAGCAACCGACGACAGGGGCCACCGUCAUCCAGUUGUUUUACAUCGACAGCCAUUCGGCGUCCAGAGUGUACGCCGGUUUAAUGACCUCGACGCGGCUGAGCGAUCUCCAAAAUGGGCUGACCAAUAAAACGUUCGGAUUUCGCAUGAUACGUCGGGUGGUCUACGUGGAGGAUUCACUCCCAGAAAACUUUGUCAAGGCGUACGACGAAUUCAUACAAGCACACCCACGUUCCUUUCACCCACAUCCAGAUAUGAGGCCGCAAGAACAGAGGUACAUUCUCAUGGAGUUUGACUACUGUGGAGAAACCAUCCUUCGUGCUCGGAUCAAGCCGUCUCAAGCGAUCAGUAUAAUUGGCCAGGUAGCCUGCAGCUUAGCGGUAGCCGAGCGGGAAUUGCAGUUUGAACACAGGGAUCUGCACGAGGAUAACAUUUGGGUUCAGCCGUCCUCAAACAAGAACCAGCACUUCCUCAUCGACGGUCGCACCUGCUGCAUCAAGUGUGCAGGACUCAAGGUCACCCUAUUAGACGACAACUUCAGCAGGAUCACCUACAAUAAUGAAGUGAUUAUUCGGAUGAAAAGCUACAACGGCCUGUACACGGAGAAGACAGCUAUCUACCUCACCAUGGAGAAGAUAAUAAACGAUCGCUGGGACCUCUUCCAUCCUCGAACAAACGCUCUGUGGCUGUCGUACUUGUGCGGCCACUUGUCCGACUACCUGACGGUACCCAACCCCACGGGUGAAUGGCAGCGAAAGCUCGAGACACUAAGUUCAAUGCAAAGGGACCUGCAUCGAUUCCGUUCGGCCGACGAGUUUGUCUGGAAUUACAUGAACAAACUUGGACACAUCCAUCCGGGCCAUGACUACCACCCUCACAACUGGGAAGCUCCCAAGAAGCAGUCUGUGUCAAUGUGCUCUGGACUGUUCAGUUUCCUGAAGAGGAAAGACAAAAAGAAGGACGAUCCUGGAGUCGAGCAACACUGACUUUUCUAGUGGACCUUCUUUUAGAAAUUGUGCAGUGUUUUAGACGGAUGCAACAGCGAGGUGCAGCUGAAGGUUGCCGCCUCGGUUACAUGUGUGGUGGUGUUUUUAAUACAAAGACAGCGACAGGAGAAAACAGUGUAGAUAAAAGCAUAUUUGGGGUUUCUUCCUCCAAGGCACUCGUCGGAACAUUGUUUUUAUCAAGUUACUCUGUACAUCGAUGAUUUUAAUAAAGCUAUUUUUACGAGA